AUGAGUGGCGCAGCCAGCGGCGGUGGCAAGAGGCGGGGCGCUGCCCCGUCUCCGACGCCCAAUAGCUCCAAGAGAUUUCAGCCUAGUACGGGUGCCAAUGGCCACGAUAAUCCACAGCAGAGGAACAUUGGCGUGGAGGACGAGAUGAUGGAUGAAGACGUGUUCUUGGAGGAAACCCUGCUCAAGUACGAGGAGGAGGAGGAGGCGCUCCUCCUCCUCCAGCACGAGAUGCUCUCCUCCCGUCUUGCUAAGUGGAAGCGGCCUCCCCUCUCUAAGCCCUACCUCUCCUUUUCCCAGAGUGUUGGUAAGUCGCUCAGUUUCUUGGUUAAUGUGUUUUCUUUCUGUUCUAGUCAAAUAGAAACUCACAGUUUCUUCAUCUUUACCCGCGACCUACAGUCUUCCAGCAGUUAGAUAUCGACUACAUUAUCGGGGAAAGCCACAAGGAAUUGCUGCCUAAUUCCUCUGGUCCAGCUGCGAUUAUCAGAAUUUUUGGCGUGACUAAGGAAGGUCGGAUGCUCUUCUUGUUUUGUAACUGUAGCUUGCUUUCUCCCUUCCUCUGUUUAGCGUCUGAAUGGAGAAAGCGUUUGAUUUUGUAUCUGUUAGGGCACAGUGUAUGCUGCCUUGUUCAUGGUUUUGAACCAUACUUCUACAUAAGUUGUCCUCAGGGAAUGGGCCCUGAUGAUAUAUCCUGCUUCCACCAAACACUUGAGGUGAAAUUCGACUUCUCUUUCUAUCAAUUUUCGUCUGAUGAACUGUAUUAUGUCUCAUAUAAUUGUAUUAAUUAUUUUGACCUGAUUUUCGUUUUUGGUGAUGGUUUGCAAUAGGCAAGAAUGAGAGAAGCAAACAGGAACAGUAAUGUGCCUAAGUUUAUCAAACGGAUAGAAAUGGUGCAUAGGAAAAGCAUUAUGUACUAUCAGCAGCAGAAAUCGCAGCCAUUCCUUAAGAUCAUAGUCACUUUGCCAACAAUGGUCGCUACUUGUCGGGGUAAAUCAUGCAUAAAGCUUCCUAUGUCAAUUUGUUGUUUUAUUAUUUACUUUAAAAAAAAAAUCCUUUGAGGCAAAAUCAUUUGAAGUCAGCUACCCUUUUUACUUUAGUCUUUCAGACGUCAUCCAACAUCAAAAAGUGUUGUGAAAUGUCUCCUUUGUCCUGAAAAUAUCGUGUCCCUAAUCCACUUGUCAAACAUUUUCCUUGAACUGAGUUAUUUGACGAUCGAGAACAGUGACAAUGGAAUAACUGGUGUGGGUGUGACAUUCCUCCUAUUUUUCACUCUAUUGAUAUCGUCCCUAAUAUCCUUCUCAAGAGACCAAGCUAUAAGUCGAACUGUUUUCCAUCUCUUGUUUAACUUUCAGCUGACGAUUGGAGAGCUAUACGGUCUCUAGUAAUCUAUGUCGAGAUGUCUAUAUUUAUAAAAUACAUGAAAGCGAAGUUAUGGUUUUUGUUUCAUGAAUGUUAAUUCAUGAACUUGAUAUUUUGGGACUUCUCUAAGGCACAUUUUAUUUUAUUAGACUAUCACCAACCAUGAUUACAUAAAGGCAUUGUUCAAUAUUUUGUAGAGAUUGAAAAUUUCCAUCGUCAUUUUCUUAUUUGAUGGAAAAUAAAUACUUUCAGAAGAGGUUAAGGGAAGAUCGCAUUGCUGAUUUCACUUUCAGAAAUUAACUGCGUUGUCACACUGGUGAGGGGAUCUUACUUUAUUUUUUUAAUGGUCUCAGGCAUCCUAGAAAGAGGAAUACAAAUUGAAGGCCUUGGGCACAAGAGCUUCCUUACAUAUGAAAGUAAUGUUCUUUUUGCACUUCGGUUCAUGAUAGAUCGUAACAUUGUGGGUGGAAAUUGGAUUGAACUUCCUGUCGGAAAGUAUAAGAAGACAUCAAAGAUCAUCUCCAAUUGCCAAUUGGAAUUGGAUUGUCUGUAUCCUUUUUUACCGUUUAUUCCAACUUAAGAGGCCUGUAUAUUUGUAAAAAUGGAUGAUUUAGUUGAGAUUUUUUUUUCCUUAAGGAUAUCUUGUUCAGAUAUUCUGAGAUGAUCAGUCAUAUUCCCGAAGGUGAAUUCUCCAAGUUGGCUCCAUUUCGUAUUUUAAGCUUCGACAUUGAGUGUGCUGGUCGCAAAGGACAUUUCCCUGAGCCUAAUCAUGAUCCAGUCAUUCAGGUCAGUCUUUGGCUUAAAGCAAAGUAAUUUUUUUUGCAGUGAAAGUGUGAGCAGUUGUAGUUUUUAUCUCUCAUUUAAACGGCAUCCUUUGUAUAUCUUAUUUCGUGUAUAUGAACCAGAUUGCUAACUUGGUGACAAGUCAAGGAGAAGAUCAACCUUUUGUUCGUAAUGUUAUGACGCUGAAGUCAUGCUCACCAAUUGUCGGUGUUGAUGUAAUUUCCUUUGACACAGAGAGAGAUGUGUUGAUUGCUUGGAGGGUAAAAAAUUAUCUCAUCCCUUUUGUUAGAUCCUGCUCAGUUUCAAGGCCGUUUUGCAUUACACUUAUGUGUCAGUUCUUGUCAAUUUCAUCAAAUCUAGAUACUACCUACAUGGAUCAUUGUUCUUUGGAUGCUUUUGCAGUUCUUGGUUUUCAGUUCUCAUGAGUAGCAUAAUACAUUUCCAACUGGUAAAAAAAUAUAUAGAGGGUGCCCCAACUGCCUUCCUUACCUUCCUAUUUCUGCAUGAUGGAAUUCUACAUUUACCUUUUUCAAUCAACUGAAGUUUAGGAAUGAAGCUAUAAAGACAUUAUGCACAAAACUUCAUUUAAUGGAGUGUAUCGUAUUGAACCAAAUCAAUAGACAUUUAUGCUGAGGUAGAGGAUUGAUCCCUGUGAUUGUAGCAAGUGGAUUUCAGAAUGAAUGCAUCGCCUGCCAUUCCAUGAACCUCUGAAAGUUUAUUUAAACCCCCCUUUUUAGGUAUGAGGGCUCUUCUAUGUUAGAAUUAACAUAUUUUCUUUGAGGUGCUUUUUAUAGUUCUCUCCAUUUUCGAAGAAAGAAAAUAUAGUUCAUUGUGGAAAUUUAGUCUAUUUAACGUGUAUGCCAUCAAGUAAUCCUUAAUUUGCUUAUUUUGCAGGAUUUUGUUCGUGAAAUAGACCCUGACAUAAUAAUUGGGUACAAUAUUUGCAAGUUUGACCUUCCAUAUCUCAUCGAGGUCCUUUUCUGCCUGCUCUAUGGAAUUGCAUGCCUGUUAGUUCAUUUCAAAUAAUGCCCUGGUUCGGACUUCGAAUCUCUUCUUGAACAGAGAGCUGAGGUCCUUGGAAUAGCAGAGUUCCCUGUUCUAGGCCGUAUCAGAAACAGUCGUGUUCGUAUCCGUGAUACCACUUUUUCAUCACGGUAUUUUUCUAAACAUGUUUCUGACAAGUUAAAUAUUGUUAUUUGUGUUGUUCUUUGUAGCAAUGAUUAUCGACAGGUUUUCUUUGUGGCCUAGAUGUCUUGGUACAAGUCAAGCUAUCACAAAUGCAUAAGCGGUGUAUCAAAGUCACUCUAAUUGCAGAUCAGGCCGUGCAUUUCUAGCAUGCACAUGAAUGUUAGUUGAAAUGAAAUAAAGAUGAGAAAACAUAAUAAUGCUCACAUGCAUGGUUGAAUGCAUAUUUUCUUUUUUAUGGAAGCGUAUCAAGUAUGAGACAAAGUGCGUCUCCAAUGAUGCAAUAUUAUAGAAGACGUUUAAUGCAUGAUACCUAGAAAUACUUGAAAUGGUAGACUGUUAUAUAUAAGAAACCUCGGCUUGAUGUACAAGUCUCAAAAGGAAUUUGAUUCACAAUGUUAAAACCUAGGGCUGGAUAAAAAAUGAAUGUGGUGGCUUCCUUCAAGUUCUAGACAUGUUGCCGAUUUUGUGUCUCGUGAGAUCCUUACGCAACAGAGACUAUGGACAUGUUCUAUCAUUACGUCACUCCACUUUCCUUAGUGCCCUGUGAAAAGCUAUGAUCCCUCUGGCCUUCAAUCCUUUGGCCCAUAAAAAGCUAGCAUUAUGCCGCUCGAAUCCACUACUUCUUACGGAUCUCUCUCUUAAACAUGUUGAGAAUGGAAUGCUUAAUGCUCAGUUAGAAGUUAGAUUGUUUUGUAAGAUAUUAUGGUGAUUGUGGUUAUGGUAGAAUGUCUUCAUUUGUAUAAUAUUUAUAUAGUCGUACUGGAUUUUUGUGACAAGGUUUGUAAUCUGCAAUCUGUUACAGACAGUAUGGUAUGCGUGAAAGUAAAGAAGUAACAAUUGAGGGAAGAGUUCAGUUUGAUCUGCUUCAGGUCCUGUAACUUACAUUCUUUUCAUUUCCGUUUUUGGUUUACUUAAUUGACCUGCCACCACUUAUACAGGCUGUGCAACGGGAUUAUAAGCUUAGCUCGUACUCAUUGAAUUCAGUUUCUGCACACUUUCUCGGAGAGCAAGUAAGGUUUUCCCACUUUUAUUGAACGGAAUUUUUAGAUGUCCAUGCAGAACACAAGAAAGUAGUUCGCUGAAUAGCCAUCUAUUUUUUUACAAUGAAAUAUGUUCACUGUCUUCCCAAUGCGUCCUUGGGAACGAUCAUGCUAGAAAUAAUUUUAAUGGCACGUUUAAUCGCAGUUAGAUCUCUGAAGUAUUUCACUCUCUUGGUUCGGGUUAACUGAACCGAUACUAGAAUGUUGGCUCUGUCAUUGAGGAUAAUUUGAAGUUUUUCGCCAGAAAAAUUCAAUUUAUUCUUCCAUUGUUCUUAUUGUCUUAAUUAGCUAUGAUCCUUUAUAUGGGACCCUUCAAACCUCUUGGUGUCGUAUGGAUACAAUUAACUGCGCAAUAACUUCCGGUUAUCAUCUCAAUCCCCUCUGUUAGUUUGUAGUUAUGUAUAAGAUCAUGGAAAAAUGAUACAAGGGUCUGUCUGACUUUGAGUGUUUUGGUUUUUUUAUGAUGAUCCUACUAAUGGAUAUCAGUGCACCCACUUUUUUCCCCUUAAUGUCUGGAUCUCUCAUUCCUGUUUGCAUUUCGUAUCAUUGUUUGUUAAACUCCUCUUCUUUGAUAUUCAUCAUAUGAUUUGAUGCCCGUGUUUGAAAGGGAGUAGUCUUCUUCUUUAUUCAUUAAAUAGUUGAAAUUGUCAUUCUUGAGCGCAGAAGGAGGAUGUGCACCAUUCCAUAAUUUCUGAUCUUCAUCAUGGGAACUCAGAAACCAGAAGGCGACUUGCUGUUUACUGCUUGAAGGUGUGCCAACGUUUUCUGGAUUUGAUGAAUAAUAAUAUUCUCGGUGGUUUGGGGAGUCCUCUCCUCUUUUUCCCUUUUGCUAGACCCGAUUGUGUUAAUCUAUCAUCAUGGCUAAACGCCAUAUCAAAAUUAUUUAUGAUCAAUCGCAGCAAACAGUUUCUUGGAGUUAUGUCAGCCUCACUGAAUUUGACAGAAUGACGAUGUAUAUUUCAUACUUAUCAUGAUAACAUAAUGAAAUCAGGUAGGUUCUUGAAGUCAUGGGUUUGGAAUGCAUCAUGUUGUUUCCCGCAUUUAAGGUAUUUAACUUUAAUAAUUGCGUGUGCUAUCUUGUUUCUCAUGUCUUCCGAGCUCAUUUCUUACUUGGCACUGGUUACAAACUAUUAUAAAAUUCCUCGGACGAAAUACUAAGUAUAGUGAACCUCUAUGCAGAGUACUCGUUAAACAGUAAAAAAUUGCUUACAAGACAAAGGACAGGCCACUUUGAUGAGUAGAGUUUUAGAUUGUUUAAUUUACUUACAUAAAAAGAAAUAUCAAUGUUUGCUGAUAAUUGAAGUGUUUCUAUUCUAUUGCUCACGUUUCCCUAUUUGGCUAAGGUCGCCAAAAUUUUCAAAAUAGAAAUAUUUAUAGGAUACUCUAAUCAUAUUAAGCAUUUCUAUUCCAAGUUUAUACCUUCCAAAAAAAUUGAAUACCUUUUGCCCAUGGCCGGUCUGUGUACGAUUCUUUGUGUGAAUUAUCUGUUCAAGAGUCCGGCAGUUUUUUUUCUUUGAAUGCUGAUGAAGCUGAGAAAAAAUGAUGCAAUUAUAAUUUCUUAAUCUUUCAAAUGUAGGAUGCUUAUCUUCCCCAAAGGCUUCUCGAUAAAUUAAUGUAUAUCUAUAACUAUGUGGAAAUGGCUCGAGUGACGGGAGUUCCUAUCUCUUUUCUACUUUCACGAGGCCAGAGCAUAAAGGUGAUGUCGUUAGUACUGUUAUGUUUAGAAUCGAUUUAGCUUUUGUAUCUUAUUUCUUGGACAUCUUUUUCCAUCUCCAGGUUCUUUCUCAGCUUCUCCGAAAGGCAAAACAGAGGCACCUUGUCAUUCCAAAUAUUAAAGGCCAGGCCUCUGGUCAAGAAACUUUCGAGGGUGCAACUGUAAGUUCUGAAGAAUUCAUUAUUUAUUGGUUCUUUUUGCUCCGUGCCCUUAUUAACCCUUGGGCUGAUAUCAUCAACCGUGCUAACCUUGGUAUGGAAGUUAGGCAUGAACGUAAUGCUCACAACCUCCCUCUAGACUUAGCUGCCUUUUUUUCUUUCUAUGUGAACCUCAAAAUUCUGGUUCUUUAAGAUAGACAUUUUCUUUGCUGCUACGGAAUAUUUCUUGAUUCCCAUUAGUACAUGACAUUCAAAUGUUGAGGUGCGAUCUUUCUGUGGAUUAAAUGGCAUUCUGUCAUUUUUUUCAAUAAAAUUGUACAAUUUAUUAGGAAAUGAUUAUAACUAUGCCAAUUCUCGAACCAUCUGAGAAAGAUGUCUGGAGUAGUGUUUGUUGAUCAAUAGCACCAUGUUCGCAAGUCGUAGUGAUACGACCUGUCAGUAUAGUAAAAUUUUGAACAAAAUGUCAACAAAUUUAUAAAUUCGAGGAUUAUGCAUAAAUGCUGUCGUUAGAAAGGCUAAACUAACAAUACUUUCUUAUUAGAAUUCGAAUUAGUCCUACUUAACCCUUCAUUCUUCUAUAAUCGGUCCCUGAUUCCUUUCUGUAAAAAUCCUACGAUCUGAACUCCUGGUCCCAUUUAUACGUCAAUUGCCAUUGUAGAUGAUGAGGAAGAGGAUGCUGCCGGCGGCUGGCUGCUGGUGCCAAUGUUCCAGGAGAAGAUCUGAUCUUUUUCUAUUGUUUUCCUUCAUUUUCAUCUCUCCACUAUCCUUUCUUUUUCUCUUCUUCCGUGGUGGACCCUCCACUACGAAAGAAAACCCUUGAGAAUGAUUGGAGGCUAAAAUGUUUCAGACCCCUAUAUAAUCCUUACGGGAGACGUAUAAUUUCGAUUUGUGGAAUCUCCUACCUGACUUGGCUUUUAGGGUUUUAGGUUGGACACAAAUUUUAGUCAGCUGAACCAACUUCGUGGUCGCUUUCACGUUAGACACCCAUUUCUGAACCUCACCCUCCUUCCAUGUGUUUUAACAUUUUCAUCUGACAUUUGUGCUUUUUCAGCAGUAAACAACUAAUCUGGCAAUGAAUAAUUUAAUAUGAAGAUCUAUUUAAUAGGGUAGAAUGAUAACCGGCUAUUGCAGUUUUCCUGUUUACUAUUGGUGAGCUUAGGUUAAGAUUACCCAGUUAAGGUUUAUCAGUGUGGUUGUUUGUUUUUUUUCUGGUUGACGCUUCUACCAUAUUUAUUCACCGAACUCAAACGAGCGGACUUGAUUUGUGGUUCCUCUUUGGAAGUUUCCUCUUUGAUUCUCAUGUCCAAUAUCGUUUAAGGCAUGCCCGUAUUUGAUCAAUACAGCAAUCGAUCCACAAUUAGAAAAGAUAGAUAAAAUUAUUGGCAAUGAUAUUUGCUGCGAUGUUAUCAAGUGUUUGAAACAGUAAUGUGGUAGCUAGUUUCAAUACGGUAUUAUGUGUACCACUCCAUAUUACGUUAUCUUAUCUUGCCUAUGCACAAAAAGCAAUAAAAAAAGGUAUUAUAUUUUGAUUAGAACUUCCGUCUUAAUAUGAUCCUGAUAGGGUGGCCACGCAUAAGGUUAUUCCAAUUUCCUCUUUGCAUUUUAGUUGCCAUUGUGACACAUGGUCGUGUUCUACUUGACUUUGAAUUCUUCCACAACAGGUUUUGGAGGCAAGAGCAGGAUUCUAUGAGAAACCCAUUGCAACGUUGGACUUUGCAUCUUUGUACCCGUCCAUCAUGAUGGCUUAUAAUCUAUGCUACUGCACCUUGGUAACACUUCUACUAGCACAGGCAAACAUAAUCUCUGAAACUUUGUUGCAAGAAACUGAAGUUUCUUUUCGCGCUUAUCUUUGUGAUCUAUAUGAAGGUGACUCCAGAGGACGCUCGUAAGUUAAAUUUGCCUGCAGAAGGUGUCAACAAAACUCCUUCUGGUGAAAUUUUUGUCAAACCAAAUUUGCAAAAGGUGAUUUUCAUUUUAUUGCUGUUCAUUUUGAACUUCAUGGUCUGGAUUCAUGGGAUUUAGGUUGUAUCACUGUCCCAUACCUGUUGCCAAUUGUAUGUAACUAAAAUACAUGUUUCUCAUAGGGUAUAUUGCCAGAGAUUCUUGAGGAGCUACUGGCUGCUCGUAAAAGAGCGAAAGCUGAUUUGAAGGUGUCUUCUCCUUUAUAUUAUCUGAAUUUUUUUCUUUGAUUCUCUUUAUCAGUUUCUGUUUGUUUGAUGUGAUAUUUACUGAAAUUGUUUCCAUAUUUCAGGACGCUAAAGAUCCUUUUGAGAAGGCUGUCCUGGAUGGCCGUCAAUUGGCCCUGAAAGUAACAUGCUGUGCUCUAUACUUCUUUAAUGGGUAAAUUCAGUUUAAGCUUUUGUAACAUAAUAGUUUAUCAAGGUCUUGCACUCGAUGUGUUGCUUUUCAGAUAAGUGCAAAUUCUGUAUACGGUUUUACUGGAGCAACCAUUGGCCAGUUGCCUUGUCUAGAGAUAUCCUCUAGUGUCACAAGCUAUGGUAUUCUGUUAAACACCUUUUGCAUAGUCCUUAUUUUUCAUAUUAAAUAUUUAGGUUAAUAAAUUCUCUCCUUUCUACUUCAAGGUCGACAGAUGAUUGAACACACUAAGAAGCUUGUUGAGGAAAAGUUCACAACAAUUGCUGGCUAUGAUCACAAUGCAGAGGUAUAUUCUCCCCGACUUCUUUUGGGAAAUAUUUAAAUUGAUCGUUGCUUUGGGAAACAGUAUGUUGGACAAUGGAUGUGGCACAUCUUAAGCUAACAUACUGCAGCUGCCUGGAUCCCUUGAGCAUUCAAAAUAUUUUUGGCAGAGCGACUAUAUGGUCUGAAUAAUCACUUAUCUGGGUGUGAAACCUAUUGGAUAAAGAUUUCCCAUCUUAUCUCUGUUUGAAUAAAAUGGUGGGGGAGACCCUUACAUAUUGAGGAAAGAUCAUGGUUCAUCAUCUUGGUUGGUAACAUUAGUCUACAGGCAAGAAAGUUUUCUGACCUGAAAAACAGAUACAUCAAUUGUAAAUAUCCAUAAAAUGGUUCACAAUGGGGAAAGAAUUGUUCAUAAUAUCAUGUAUAUGCAUGCGUGUUACAUUGUCUUACAGACUUUUCCUUUCAUAAUUUGUUUGCGAGUUUCUACUAUCGAGGACGCUGUGUACAAUGCAGGUAAUUUAUGGGGACACAGAUUCCGUGAUGGUACAGUUUGGUGUACCAACUGUUGAGGCUGCAAUGAAACUAGGGAGAGAAGCCGCAGAACACAUCAGCAACACUUUUACGAAGGUUUCUUUUUUUGCCUUUCUGAUUUAACUCUACUACUUCUUUCUCAAUUCCGACAGUGUUACGCAAAAAGGAUUAUUACUUUAUACGAUUGAAUAUUCUACAUUCUUUAUCCGAAUUUCUUUUAAUUUUUAGUCCCCUUUACAUCAUCAGAUUAUGUGUCAUAUCCCUUUGUCAUGCCAGCAGGGUGUCCAUUUUUUUUCGUACAGAUUUGAAUUCAGUUCUUGUGUUUUCUCGGUUCCGCUUUUCUUUAGAUCCCAGUUUAUUGAAGACAUGAAACUUAAAUGUUGAAAGUCACCCUUGCGUUUUCAAUGUAUGGUUCCUGCCUUUACUAUCUUCAUCUUCCGUGUUUGAUGGUAAACCUUUUUCCUCUUCCCCUGAUUUGUGUUUGAAGCCCAUCAAGCUGGAGUUUGAGAAGGUUUACUAUCCAUACCUUCUAAUUAGCAAGAAGAGAUAUGCCGGUUUGUUCUGGACGCGUUCAGAUAAUUUCGACAAAAUGGAUACCAAAGGUAAGCUUCAGAACACUUUUAGUAUCCUUUACUGCAUCUUAGGUGAAGCAAUAAAUGUUCAUCAUCUACCCUUUGUGGACAGGGAUUGAAACAGUUAGAAGAGACAAUUGCCUUUUGGUUAAAAACCUUGUGAAUGAAUGCCUCCACAAAAUAUUGAUCGACAGGGAUGUUCCUGGUGCUGUGCAGUAUGUUAAGAAUACUAUUGCUGAUCUGCUAAUGAAUCGCAUGGAUUUAUCCCUUUUGGUUAUAACAAAGGUUAAAAAAAAUUGAAUACCAAUUUGUUUACUUUUGAAUAGCUGCCCCUGUAUUCCAGCUUUCCAAAUGACAGGGUGUUUAUCGUAUUCACUUGGCAGGGUCUUACAAAAACGGGGGAUGAUUAUGCAGUUAAGGCAGCACAUGUUGAACUUGCUGAGCGGAUGCGCAAGGUCAGUUCGUGCUUUACAAAAUGUCUGAUAUUGAACUUGUCAUGUCCUCCAUAGACAGCUUAGCAAUGUGUAUGACCUGGUGUUUAAAUUCACUCAAGAUUCUCUAUAGAGCGACGUCCUUUUUAUUUAUUAUGCUCUCAAUUAUUGUCCUGUGAUCAUGACAUUUAAACAUGAAGCGGAAUUCCUGUUUUUACAUAAGAAACAGUGCUCGUUUAUUUUUAGUCCUCUUUACAAAUUCCUGUGUCUUCGGGCUCCUCAUUGUUUUUAUUUUCCGUGAGACCAUCUCUUGAACAAAGCCAAGUUAGUGUCAUCCCUUGACUCCAGUUCUGUAGAGAAGCUGUACAUAUGGCUCACUUCUUUGUGUAGGACGAAUGCAUGUUUAUGUUUAGAUCGUCUCUAGAAAACCGCCGCUUCUUAAACUCGCUCCCAUGGCAUUCUUCUAGAGUUUGUCAAGUUGCUUUCUUAUGAUGUGCAAUGAUUGUUUGAGCAGCGGGAUCACGCUACUGCGCCAAAUGUAGGUGACCGUGUUCCAUAUGUCAUUAUCAAAGCUGCAAAAGGUGCCAAGGUAAUGUACUGACAUAUAGUUUUCAAUGAUACAGAAAUUAGAUUAAACAGGAAAACUUCAGAUAUGUGUUUAUGGAAACAGGCUUACGAAAGAUCUGAGGAUCCUAUAUACGUCUUGGAGAAUAACAUUCCAAUAGACCCUCAGUACUAUCUUGAGAAUCAAAUUAGCAAGGUUUGUUUAUUUUUUUUCUGCAAUCACCAGUUAACUGGUUGAAUUUGUCUUCGUUUUAAUUUUUUAUUUGCAUGUUUCAGCCGCUUUUGAGAAUAUUUGAGCCCAUUCUUAAGAAUGCAAGCAAAGAACUUCUUCAUGGAAGCCAUACAAGAGCUGUGUCCAUUUCAACUCCUUCUAACAGUGGUAUUAUGAAAUUUGCUAAGAGACAACUCACGUGCCUCGGAUGUAAGGCCGUGAUCAGGUGAUCCUGCUUGAUCGAUCCCUUUCGUCUCCUACAUCGUGUCUCGCAUUUAAAACAACUCAAGAAAAUCAUCAGAAACGCUUCGAACCAAUGAAUUUGGAAGAAAAGUAAUGUUAUCGUCUAAAACAAGUGGAAAAUACUGAAGGAUGUUUCUAUUAAAAUAUAACAAAUAUGAUGCAAAUGAUAAAAAAUAUGAUGAAAAUAUUCAUUUUUAGUCUUUUCUACCUCAGGCUUGAUAGGCAGCUCUGGGGUUAGACCGCCCAGCCAUACCUAGUCUUUUUGCCGCUUAUUUUUUGUCCAAAUGAUAAAAAAUUAUAUCUGCUUGAUCGAAAGAAGUCCUAACACUAACCGCUCACUUCCAGUGAUGCAGACCAUACCCUUUGUCGACACUGCAAAGGAAGAGAGGCUGAACUGUAUUGCAAGACUGUGGCAAAUGGUAUACUCUUUGUCCUGUUGAACCUCUGGUAUCUCCAUAUUUCUUCGUUUCUUAGCCCGACCUUGUAUUUUUCUCGGAAAAAAACGCUAGUAAAUUUCAAGAUAUAUUUGAACCAUUGUGCCAUGAAUUACGGCAUCUUCUGAUGGCAGAAACUGGAACCUAGGGAAAAUACAAUUUCGGUUGUGAGCAUAUGGCAGAAUCCUAACCUUUUCUCUCGGGUUUGUAUUGUUCAGUCUCUGAGUUAGAGUCUAUGUUUGGGAGGCUAUGGACACAGUGCCAGGAGUGUCAAGGUUCUCUCCAUCAAGAUGUGCUCUGUACCAGGUCAGGAUCCCUCCACUUCCUCGCAUUCUUCAGUUCAUAUUCCCCAGAAAUUAAUGGUUUUGAAUUACGACACAGUCGGGAUUGUCCCAUCUUUUACCGGAGGAAGAAAGCACAGAAGGACAUGGCCGAAGCAAAGGCACAACUUGAUAGAUGGAACUUUUGA